CAGAAAUUUGUUCUUAGGCUGUGUUCAUUUGAACCAGAGAAGCUCGAUUCUUCGGAAUUGAGUGAGGUUUAUCCUCAAUCUAUCUAUCCCCUCCUGUUAUGUACAUCUAGGUACAUAACAAUUGGUAUCAGAUUCGUUCGAUCCAUGGAGGUAUUCACUGAAACUCAUCAACAGAUCUCUGAAAUUCAGAGUUUACCAAGUGAAAAAUGGGUACAAAUGGAUGGAAAAUUGAUACCAAUAUCGGAACAGGAAAGGUUAGCAAGUGAUGAAUUCGACACUUGCGUUUGGUAUCUGUUUUAUUUGAUGGACAAAAACUGUGGAAAUAGAGAGAGGACGGCCUCCGAAGGUGGGGCAAAUUGUUAGACAGAGCGGAGAAGAAAUUGGAUAAGAUCUUGUUUCUUAAGGAUACUGCUUUAUCUCAUCAACCUCCUCACCGAGUGAAAGUUGCUUCUACACAUAGUGAUGAAUCUUCAGAUUUGGAGUUGAUACCUCAAAAUUUCUUUGCUGAAAACGAAGAUGUUGAGUCACUUGAUGAUGUGAGAUUCCAGUCUGAAGCAGUUGCUAAAACUGAGAUGAUAGACUUCUCCGAGUUGAAUCGAACCAAAAUUGGUGAGGUGAACGAUUCUGCUCUAGAAUUUUACUUCAACAAGUUCGGGGAGAAAUUCGAAAAUCAUGAAUGCUUCAAGGAGUUAUUGUCUAUUCUCUACAGCAAAUCAAAUUAUUUGGCUCGUUCUUCUUUCCCUCUUAAUGACACUCGUUCAUUAUUCGACAGAGGGAAUGUCAGAGGAUUGUGUCGACAUUCUCCUUUUGUGAGGCCUCAUAUGGUGUUUAUUGGAGUUUACUUCUCUCUUUCCAGGCUUGUGAACUCAUAUUGUACCUCAGCUGGCAAUGCUUAUUUACAACUUCUUAAAGUUAAAUGUGGCCAGGUAUUUCUGCACUCUCUCAUAAGGACUGCCCCUUGCUACUUACACUAUAAUCAACCUGAAUCAUAUGGCUAUAUUCACCUGUGGAGUCUGAAUAGUGGUAAUUUUUCCUCUCUAUACUUUGUUUACACUUGCUACUUAUUUGAUCGCGGGAAGGGGUUCGCUGGGUAUAUUGUCAUGGAUUCUUCCAGUGGGCCACCUGUUUAUGAUUUUGAUUUAGACCAUUGGUACCAACUGGAUUUGUUAUGGGCAACCUUAAUUAUGUUUUUAUUUGUGUGGUUGUCUGUGGAAGCUGAGAAUAGUAUUGGUAGUCGUAAGCUGUAUGAGAGACAUAUUCUUGUGCUUCAGAUUCUUUCGAAACAACGUGAAAUCCUCUUGGCGGUCCUUCCAGCUUCUAUCUCCAAUGUGAGCAGUCAUUUUUAUCUCCACACUACGGGGACCAACUUUCAAUUCGCCUCACUGAGGGUAUUUCCUUUGAGAUGGAAGCUUGCAGCAGAUAAUGAUGCUCAGCCCAAUGAUAUACUGGAGCGAAGUCCUGGUCAGGUUACACUAUGGCUUACAGUCAAGGAUUGUAUUGGUAGUCAAUUUCUGAGAGCUAGAAUAAUGAAGGGGCAGCUAGCCUCUCUCCUCAUAUCCGAGGCCAGGUUUGAUUUUACUACUGGCAAUAUUUAUAGUAUGGAAAUAGUUAUAUCUUUGGGAAUGAUACUGGUCGCACGGGAGCUUCGGCAACUUACACAAAAGGGUAUCAAGCACUGUACAGGUCAAGGGAGUAGUACGACGUGGAAAGUACUUGGAGAAAUAUUUUUACUUUAGCUGGCAAGGAAGCAACACUUCUUAUUCAAGACUUUUACACAAAGAAUUGUCAGUUACCAAGGGUGUCUCAUUGUACUAUCACAGCGGUUUUGACUCUUGCAUAUGGUUCAACAACAGCUGAAGGAGAUAGUGGGCACUACCACCGCGGCUUCACGUUUUCACAACUGCACCGCCAGGCUCCAAAACAACCUUGCGUAACUGAAGUUGCCGACUCGCCGCUCAUCCUUGAGGACAAGGAUGUUUCGAAGGGGAAGGGAAUGUCACAUACCUACUAUAUGUGAGAGAGUGCCCAUAUCCUGUUGAGUGUCGGUAUUUAGUGUAAGUUACAGUUGGUAGUAUUUAGCUAAUUAGUGUUUGUUAUUAUCAGUUGUAGGGGGUGCCUUGGAUGCAACCACCUGGGAUAUUUUUAUUCGUUGGAUGUUAGGAUAGAAUACCUAAAUAUAUAAGCUUAGACUCUGUAAGAGAAAGGUAAUCCAAAUUAUUAAUCAAAACAGAACUUUGUUCU